GAUUAAGAAGGAUGGAGGAAUAAUAAUAAUGUCAUAUGUUGGGGUGGUGUUGUUGCAAGUAUGCAACGCCGCCAAUUAUAUCAUCUCAAAAGCGGCACUCAACCAUGGGAUGAACCAUUUCACCUUUGCUUUCUACCGCAAUCUCAUUGCCGCCGUCGUCUUUGCUCCCUUUGCCAUUCUAUUUGAAAGGAAAAUAAGACCAAAGAUGAGCAUCAACAUCUUCUUGAGGAUAAUGCUACUAGCAUUGUUGGAACCGGUGGUGGAUCAAAAUGUAUACUACGCAGGGAUGAGGUAUACAACCGCAACAUUCGCAACUGCAAUGUGCAAUCUUGUUCCUGCCAUCACCUUCCUCUUGGCUUGGAUUCUCAGGCUUGAAGAGGUGAAGGUGAAGCAGUUGCACAGCCAAGGAAAGAUCGCUGGGACAGCACUAACCAUUGGUGGUGCAAUGAUAAUGACACUAGUGAAAGGCCACAUUUUUGAACUCCCAUGGACCAAACACACCACCACGCCGCCGCCGCCACAUCACCAAAACCACCCAGUAGCUGCUGCGACCACCACCACCACCACCCAACAGUACCAUGACCAUCUCAAAGGUGCGGCCAUGAUCGCCGCCGGCAUGUUUUGCUGGUCUUGUUUUUUCAUUCUUCAGGCAAUCACGUUGAAAUCCUACCCAGCUUGUAUCUCGCUGACAGCCCUAAUUUGCAUGACUGGGGCAUUACUGAAUCUGGUUUUAACCCUUGUGGUUGAGCAUGGAAACUACUCCAUUUGGUCUCUCCGCUGGGACACUACACUGCUCGCUUACUUCUACAACGGAAUAGUUUGUUCGGGAGUGGUUUACUAUGUGUCAGGAAUGAUCAUGGCCAAGAAAGGGCCUUUUUUUGUCACCACUUUUAAUCCACUGGGUAUGAUUAUCGUCGCAAGCGUUGGUGCCAUCCUCUUCGGUGAGCAGUUAGAUCUCGGAAAGGUUUUGGGAGCCACGGUUAUUAUUGUUGGGCUAUACCUAGUGGUAUGGGGUAAAAGUAAAGACACAACAACAAGCGGCCAAUCAAAGGAGGAGGACAUUAAUAAAGAGUUCACCUCAACCAAGUCUUCCAAUAAUAUUGCUAACAAUAAACCUAGACUUGAUGCUCAUGACGAUGAUGGCGAUAGAGAUCAAGCAGUUCAAUGUGUUUAACGAAAGAAUAAAAACGUUUACGUGACGUGAUAAAAUGAACGAGGCUAUAUAGUCCCUAGUCCGAUCCCUACCCUGGCAUCUUAUAUAUAUAUAUACUACUAGCUAGGUGUCUUGUUCAUUUUAAUUGUCAUUUUCUCAUUUUAUAUCAUCGUGGCAUAUAUAUCACGACUCUAUUUACACAUACAACCGCGCUCUAUGCACCAAUAUAUAUGGGUGCUCCUA